UUGCGUACCGUAGCACCCAAGGCGCACUUUAGACCAUACCCAUUCUCUAGAAUAACUCUCCUUUCGAGCUCGUUGUUUUCCAUCCAAGUCCAUGCUCUUUCGUCGAUUCCGAGCCUCGACCGAAAAAUCAAAUCCACGACUCUCCUCUGUCCAAACCCAACAAAACCCACGUCGAUUCUUCGCAGAUAAUCCACCAUCCACCUGCAAAUCACCCCAUCAAACCUUCCCUCCCCGCGUAUUUUAGCAGAUCAAGCUGCAGAGAGAACCAUGACGUGGAGCGCCUGUCCCCGCCCCAUGCUAACAUGCACCGCAUCGGCGCCCGUGGUAACCUGCGCGAGGGGGCUGUGAGGCUCGGGGGAUGGCGACCCAGGUGGUGAAAGUGCGGAGGGAGACGCUCGUGGGGUGCAUGACAUGCCCUCUCUGCAACAAGCUCUUGAAAGAAGCUACUACCAUAUCCGAAUGCCUUCAUACGUUUUGCAGGAAAUGCAUAUACGAUAAACUCAAUGAUGAGGAACUGGAUUGCUGUCCAAUAUGCAAUAUUGAUCUUGGCUGUACUCCAGUAGAGAAGCUCAGGCCUGAUCAUAAUUUACAAGAUGUAAGAGCGAAGAUUUUUCCUUUCAAAAGGAGAAAAGUCAAGGCACCUGAAGUUGCAGCUGUUUCAUUGCCCAUUAGAAGAAAGGAGAGGUCACUCUCUUCGUUGGUGGUUAGCACUCCCCGGGUACCGACACAAACUGGCCUGACCGGAAGGAGAACAAAAGCCGUUGCGAGGAAGGCUGCUGCCCCAAGAGGAUCAAGCUUUACCAUUGAAGAUCCUGUUAAAAAGGAGGAAGAUGUUGAAGAUCAACCGGAGAGCUCAAGCUCGCCUGAGACCCUAAACAAGAUUGCACAAAAUAAAAGGCAGAAUCCCUCCACUGCAGAGCCAUCAAACCACAGCUCGAAUAAAGAUACAGAUAAUGGUGGCGAGCCGGUGCCGGGGAAAAUUGAUCUUUGGAAGCCCUUAAAUUGUCUUGUGGAAGCAGCAAACAGAACAAAGAGCUACAAGUUCACUAUUCAGGGGGGGUCUGUUACCAAGACAGAGCAACCUCACGCCCCCAAUACUGAAGUGCAUGUUCCCAAGAAAAAGGCUAGGGAGCAUGUGCAUAAAUCAAAAGUCCAGGACGACAAGAACGGCAGCAUUCCUGCCCCUUCGGAACAACUGGUGAAAGCUAGAAGAUUGCAUAAAAUCAGCCGUAAAAGGAGGGCUGCUUCCGGGGUACUUGGGGGCUCAGCUCAGGCUCUGCUCAAUGCCUCAGGCAUUAGACCCGACAGAAAAAUUCUCCCGAUUUGGUUUUCGCUAGUGGCUUCUGAUGAACAGGAAGGAGACGUGCGCUUGCCGCAGAUUUCUGCUUGUUACUUGAGGAUAAAAGAUGGCAGUGUACCUGUUUCUUUCAUCCAAAAGUACCUUGCAAAGAAGCUUGAUCUUACAGGUGAAGCUGAGGUGGAGAUCAGGUUUCAAGGUCAGCCGGUGCUCCCUACCUUGGCACUGCAUGACCUAGUAGAUACGUGGCUACGGGCGACAUCAACAUCACAGAAGUUGGUAGCAUCUGUGGGCACUUCGGCCAAGGAUUUCAUGAUGGUCCUAACCUAUGCUCGGAAGCUUCCACAACCGUAAGACCCCACAACCAUAACACCCUGUUCUUUCCUCCGAAUAAUCUACACAGCCCUUGCAUCUGGGCCCUUCAAAUCUUACAAGGGUGUCCGAUCAGCCGCGAUCUCCCUGUCAUGUGAUUGCAUGGGCAUGCAGUGGUGUGCAUGUAUGCUGCAUGCUAUGCACACCAUGUGUGGGCACUGAUAUGUAUGUUAUCAUGCUUGCCUGUCUUUGGUUCUUUUCUCUCAUUGUACGUGCUUGUUGCGGACAGGAGCUGCGCUAAGAGUAAUUUAUAGGCGAGGUUUGUGCAUUUUAUUAUCAUAUUAGUUUUUAAAAUAGUUUCAUUUACCUUC